CCCGCCCACUAGCGGACCCGAUAAAACUCGGGGAAGCCCCAAAGUUCUCAUUUCGCUGACAUCAUCUUGUAUUAAACGUUUUUGAAAUAUCCUUAACUGAAAUAUCAACAAUUAGAAUAUGUCUGAACGAUACAGCUUUUCCCUAACAACUUUCAGUCCUAGCGGCAAAUUAGUGCAAAUCGAAUAUGCACUGAAUGCUGUGACUGCUGGAUCGCCUUCCGUUGGUAUUAAAGCUCAGGAUGGAGUUGUCAUGGCAACAGAAAAGAAGCAAAAAUCGAUUUUAUAUGAUGAGCAUAGCAUCCAUAAAGUAGAAGCAGUGACAGAUAAAAUUGGGAUUGUUUACAGUGGAAUGGGACCUGAUUACAGAGUGUUGCUGACUAGAGCCCGUAAAAUUGCACAAUUAUAUUAUCGACAAUAUCAAGAAAGUAUUCCUACUACACAACUGGUACAGCGAAUUGCAUCUGUUAUGCAAGAAUACACACAGUCGGGCGGUGUUCGUCCUUUUGGUGUGUCUCUCCUUAUUUGUGGUUGGGAUGAUAACAGACCAUACCUAUUUCAAUGUGAUCCUUCUGGAGCUUACUUUGCAUGGAAAGCCACAGCAAUGGGAAAGAAUCAUUUAAAUGGGAAAUCAUUUCUGGAAAAAAGAUAUAAUGAAGAAUUACAAUUAGACGAUGCUGUUCACACUGCUAUACUUACAUUAAAGGAGUCCUUUGAAGGCCAGAUGACAGAGGACAACAUAGAAGUUGGAAUUUCAAAUGCUGAUGGCUUUCACAGGCUUACCCCAUCAGAAGUAAAAGAUUAUCUCGCUUCGAUAGCUUGAUUAUUAUGGACAUUUAGUUUUGUGCAAAAAGUUCUGUUCCUGUAACUCGUGUUUAUUGGAAGUUUCAAUAAAAGUGAAGCUGCUUGGA